AUGCUCAAUUUCAAGUUGAUGACGACGACCAGUAGUAACUCUCACGAUCAUCAUCAUUUUUCCAAAUUUUCAUCAUCCAAAUCAGGAAUUAUUUAUUAUUUACUGUUGUCAUGUUGUUUAUGGUUGUUGUUGUUAUGGAGCUGUUGUUUUCAUGACAAUCAUAAUGUAGCAGUGAUCCAGGAAUCAUCCUUUGGAUUUGUCCAUGGAUCAAUUACCAUUCACACCGUUUCCAUCACAAAUAUUCUUUCUCCGAAUCUUCAAUUCACUGCAUGUGGCUCUCAGAACAUGUAUGCCACUCCGAUCGUAGCCACAUUCGAUGCACCCGAUAUGCAAGAAGGUAAACUGUUACUCUCUUCUGGCGACUAUUCCUUUACCAUCUAUGAAGAUUACUUUGCAUCAUCAUGUCCAAAUGGAGUUUCUACUUUGAAUAAUACUGUGAAAAUUAAUGGACAGACCGUAAUGAAUUUGAAAACUUCAUGUCAAUGCUUUCCGAACUAUGUCCAAACAUUGCAACAAGUUCCAAUUGUGAGCUAUGUAAUGUUAAAUAGCACUGGAAAUACGUUUACUAUUGAUUUGAAUCCUUUCAAUGCUGGUGUGGAUCAGAGAAUGCAAAAAAUCUCUGUUAAUUUCUACAAAAUGGCAUUGAGCGAUACCAUUAUUGAUUUGACUCUUGGUAAUGUACCAAAUAGGUUUGACUUAUUGUCGCCUGCUUCCUAUGUGCAAGUGCAGUCAGAGCCUUUCACAAGCACUGCAUUGACAAACAUGUCCACCUCUUUCAGCUCGUUUGUGACAGUCAACAAUAAUGCAAUUGAUAUUGCUGAAAAUGUCACAUUGAAUAUUUCAUCUAGUUCUACAUUAACCAACCGAUUAUUUUUUGAUGUGACCUCUAUCAAAAAGCUCAAUGUAACCACUGGUGUCGCAAACACCAUUUUCCCUCAACUAUUUUAUUCUAACACUUCAACUCAAGUCAGUUAUCAACUGGUUGGUGUGAAAUUAGCCAGUGACGAGCAAUUACAAAUAUUCUACACAGUACAAACAAUCUAUGAACCUACAUCUAAUACUAAAUUUUAUUUGACCUUUUCCGUAGAUGGAGCUCAAAGUCCACAAGUUUAUGACGCCUCGACUUCUGGGAACAGUAUCUCCACAACUCUUAAUGUGUACAAGACUUCCAAGAUGGAAAGCUUUUUCGAUCAAAAUAAUAUUGGAUAUUCUGUUUUUGCGACUGUGUCAGAUUUGGCCUAUUUCAAACACGUUCCACCAGUUGGAGCAGUUGAUUCAAAAUGUUGGGUACAACUCAACAUCUUUUCCGAGUCGUUUAAUGGGCUCAUUCAUAUUUUUUCCUCUAAAACCUCAAAACAAUAUUCCAUUCCAAUUUCAACUUCAGAUUUUAUUGCAACGGUAUCUAACACAGCUUUUAUUGUUUUACCCUCUGAUAUGAUCGAUUGUGUUAGCUCACCAACGGAUAUCUAUGUACGGCUGGAGACAGAUUUUGUGACACAAAAAUCCUUUAGUGUCAAUAUUUUCAAAAAGACCUUCCUCUAUAUCAAUGAUGAAACGUCAUCAUUCUCUCAAUUUGUGAAUGCUACUUCUCCGAAUUUACAAAAUGAGGCCUAUGGUGCCUUUGUCAAUUCAAUUGGAUCGAGAGACAACGUUCUGCAAAGCGUAUACCUUAAUUUUACACAAUUUCAAUCAGGAACAGAAGUCGCAUUUAUUCAGCAAUACAAUAAUGGCAUAUCAUCAGGUCCAUUAUUGCAAUCCAACACAAAGAAAAUACCUCUUCCUGUUAAAACUUUUUUAAUGCCAGGAACAAUCAUUUACGUAUAUCCCAGCUGUAAGACAUGCGUAGCCAAUUUAACCAUUUCUCUUCCUACAGAAUAUUCCAUUCCAUUUAGAUUGAAUUCGGAUGCAGGUUCAUCUUCAAGAACAACAUUGCCUUAUCAGUUUAAAAACGACUAUGGCAUCUAUUGGACAUAUGUCAAUGUGUCAUUGAUAGCUUUUAAAGGUAAUGCAACCAUUGUAGUCGAUGUAGUGAUUACCAACCUCAUCAAAGUACCUUCAAAAUUGACUUUGCUGGCCACUCAAGGAACAAUUCCAUUGUUGACAACUUCAGGUUCCAAUAUCAAUGCUCCAAAUAAUGCUCGGUAUUUUGUGACAACUGUAGGAAAUUCUCAACUUUACAAUUCAACUUCAGAUUGUACACAAAGUCGUUCAGCCACCUAUGCAACCAUUUCACUGUCCGUUCCUGCAACGGCAGGUAUUUGGAAGUUUGGAUUAUUUAUUGACCCAACCGUGACCAAAGUCGGCACCCAAUUUGCUUGGUCUGCAAAAUCUUCUGAUUUCAAUACUGUGAUCGGUGGAGUUGGCUCACUGAGUACCCAACGAUUAUAUGUUAAUCCUGUUGAAAUUGUGAGCUCGUUAUCAUUUUCAUGCAGUCUAUAUACAUGUUAUAGCAACAAGCCAGCUCAGCUCUUGCUCAAGUUCGAUGCCUCUACUCUAGCACUUGCUUCGAGAGCAUUUGAAAUUUAUGUGAAAAUGGGAUCUGUACCAACACUUUCAAACUAUGAUUUUAAAUCACCACCAAUGAGUACUUACAAUAAUUUAACAAGUACCUUUAUGGUGAGAUAUUUGUUUACCAACGUUGGAACUUUUAUUGUUAAUGAUGCACUUGGUAGCUAUUCACUGUUGACUCGUGAACGAUUGGAUUUAAAGGCAUCAACGAUUGCCUUUGUUUGGAUUCGUCCGAUUUAUGAAAUGCCACCAUUUGCAAGUAAUUCAAUAUGCUCUCAGUCUGCUGGGUCUACGAGAGCCACCUAUUUGUAUUGGUAUGAUGAUGCCACUAAUGCACAAGCUGAUUCUUCUUCAACGUUGGAUUUUGCAAAUCCUAUUUUGUUGAAUGUGACUGGAAAUUUGACAACAGGCAAUACUGGAAAAACCAUGAUGAUUGAAUUUUCAGUUCCAGGUUCCUAUUCUAGUUAUACAGAAAAUUAUAAUCCGGUGGUUAUGGUGAUUGAUCCCAAUGGACAAACAGCUUUAUACUCAAUGAGAAAGAGUGUGAUUACGUAUACAUUGAGCAAAACAAUUUAUAGCUCAAUUCGAUAUUUCUCCACAUUCUCCAUUACCUCAAAUCUAGUAGAAAAUCCUCUGAACACAUCUGUAAUGAUUUUACCUCUCAAUGGAUCCUAUUCAUUGUCGUCAACAUUCUCGAGUAACGUGUUGGCAUAUAUUGACAAGCCAGCAUUUAACAUAGUCUAUUAUUACCCAAUUUAUAUUACAAUUGGUGUGAUGGUUGGAGUGACUUUAGCUGUUUUGAUUUACUUUUCACUUUGCUAUUUACUAAUUUGGAUAUAUAACUUGGACUAUUCAAUUGAUACAUUAUCAUCUUCAACGACAGCUCUAAAUGGUUUAAUAAGCCUCUAUGAUAAAGUUCUUAAAAAGAGAGUAUCUACAUGCUUAUUUGGAACAUUUUAUUUAAUAUGUGCCAUGGUAUUGUCUGCCGUGCUAUUAGGACUUAUGGGAAGCACCAUGAGUGGUAUUGACACUGCUCUAAAUUCAGAUCCAUUCAACAAUGACCAAGAUUUAUCUUUGGCCAGUAAUCGAUCCUACUAUGCUUGUUGCAAAUAUGAACCUUCUGGAACACUGACCAAGUUUAAGAACGAUCCUUUUUAUUGUGUGACUCCUUCCUCUUCCUAUUACUAUGAUUACAGUACCUAUGACACGUAUGCCAAUCUAACCAUUAAUGGUAUUCGAUACAACUCACCCAUGCCUACUCGUGCUGUCAACACUGAAAAUUAUGGAAUUAUUUUGAGCUUUUUAGAUUGUCCCAACAUGUCUGUGGUUUAUUAUCCAGCCAAUAUCGAUUCAGUGAAUACGUAUGGAAUUACAGGUUUUGUGUUGGGAGGUGUAUUUUCAUGUUUGUGCUUUAUUGCAUUCAGUGCACUGAUUGUGGAAUGCAUGAUUGAAUAUGGUAAAGAAACGAGAAGUGUCUUUUCAGCUUGGAUGAGAGAACAUCGUUCGGCAUCUGUUGCCACUCACUCGACCAACUCUUCACAUCACACCGAUGAUCCACUACACAGAGAACAAGCCAUGAUGAGAGCCGUCGAUCAAAGAAAUAACAAAUCUACAACAAAUGCCACUACCACAACAACAACUGGAACAAAAACAGGUGCUCCUGCUCCCAAAUCAUCAUCAUCUGGAUUGCAUUCUCCAAAGAGUGUUUCAUCCGAAUAUGAAAACUCUUCCGAUGAAGACGUUCGUAGUUAUGAUCAUGUGCAUGUUGAGCUAUCCAAUGUAGUAAGGACAACAACUGGUAAUAAUUCUACAGAUCAUUCUUCAACAACAAUUCCUCCAGAUAUUAAGAAACCAAACGUUCCAGUUCAACCCUUAGAACCACCUCAACCACCUCAACUUGCAUCAACAACACAUCAGCAUCGACCACCUCCAACUAUUGACAAUUAUGGACAUGUACCAUUGGGAUCAAUGACGGUAAUUCAAAAUAAUGAAGUGUAUGGCAUGCAGAAUGCAGUGAAUGAUGCCAAUAAUAAUCUUGUUCAGGUCAUUCCAUCAGCAAUGUAUUUGCCAGAGUCUGUGAAUUAUAACAACAGCAAUGCAAUGAGUUAUAAUAAUUCUCAAGAUUACAAUCAACCAGCUGUUGAGUAUAAUAAUUUAUCAAAUUACAAUAACAACAAUUAA